GUGGGUGCUUCUCUUCUCGCAGUUUGCAGAGCUGAACUCCUGGAAACCGCGUCACCAUGUCUAAGCCCUUAUCUGACCAUGAUAGGAAGAAACAGAUCUCGGUGCGAGGCCUCGCCGGCGUGGAGAACGUGGCAGAGCUGAAGACUAACUUCAACAGGCAUCUCCACUUUACACUGGUCAAGGACAGAAAUGUGGCCAGCCGAAGGGAUUACUACAUGGCUCUCGCCCACACGGUGCGUGACCACCUGAUCGGCAGGUGGAUCAGAACCCAGCAGCACUACUAUGAGAAAGACCCCAAGAGAGUGUACUACAUCUCCCUGGAGUUCUACAUGGGCCGCACCCUCCAAAACACCAUGGUGAACCUCGCCCUGGAGAACGCCUGCGAUGAGGCCAUGUACCAGAUGGGUCUGGACAUGGAGGAGCUGGAGGACAUGGAGGAGGAUGCUGGUUUGGGAAAUGGUGGCCUCGGCCGCCUCGCUGCCUGUUUCCUGGACUCCAUGGCCUCAUUAGGCCUGGCUGCCUACGGUUAUGGCAUUCGCUAUGAAUUCGGCAUCUUCAAUCAGAAAAUCCUCAACGGCUGGCAGGUGGAGGAGGCAGAUGAUUGGCUUCGCUAUGGCAACCCCUGGGAGAAGGCACGUCCUGAGUACACGCGCCAAGUGCACUACUACGGCAGGACUGAGCACGGUCCCGAUGGUGUCAGAUGGGUGGACUCUCAGGUAGUGUUGGCUUUGCCAUACGACACCCCCAUCCCGGGCUACAGGAACAACUACGUCAACACCAUGAGGCUGUGGUCUGCCAAGGCGCCCUGCGACUUCAACCUCAAAGACUUCAACGUCGGUGGCUACAUUCAGGCCGUGUUGGACAGAAACCUGGCUGAGAACAUCUCCCGUGUGCUCUACCCCAACGAUAAUUUCUUUGAAGGCAAGGAGCUGCGUCUGAAGCAGGAGUACUUUGUGGUGUCGGCCACCCUGCAAGACAUCAUUCGUCGUUUCAAGGUCUCCAAGUUUGGAUCCAGGGAGGUCGCUCGUACCGACUUCUCUAAGCUGCCCGAUAAGGUUGCAAUCCAGCUGAACGACACUCACCCCGCCAUGGCCAUCCCUGAGCUGAUGAGGGUGCUUGUGGAUGAGGAGAAGCUCGAUUGGGAUACCGCUUGGGACAUCUGCACGCGCACAUGCGCCUACACCAACCACACGGUCCUCCCCGAGGCCCUGGAGCGCUGGCCGGUCGAGCUGUUCGCUCAUCUGCUGCCGCGUCACUUGGAGAUCGUGUACGAGAUCAACCGUCGCCACCUGGAGAGAGUCUAUGCCAAGUUCCCAGGAGAUAUGGAUCGUCUCCGCCGCAUGUCCCUCAUUGAGGAAGGUGGGCAGAAGAGGAUCAACAUGGCCCAUUUGUGUAUUGUGGGCUCUCACGCUGUGAACGGCGUGGCCCAGAUUCACUCUGACAUCCUCAAAGCCACCAUUUUCAAGGACUUCUUCGAAAUGGAGCCAAAGAAGUUCCAGAACAAGACCAACGGCAUCACUCCCCGCCGCUGGCUGGUGAUGUGCAACCCCGGGCUGGCUGAGGUCAUCGCUGAGAAAAUCGGUGAGGAAUACAUCCGUGAUCUUGACCAGCUCCAGGGUCUCCGCAAGUUUGUGAACGACGAUGCCUUCAUCCGCGACAUUGCCAAAGUGAAACAGGAGAACAAGAUGAAGUUUGCUGCCCACUUGGAAGAGCACUACAAGGUGAAGAUAAACCCCAACUCCAUGUUCGACAUUCAAGUCAAGAGGAUCCACGAGUACAAGAGACAGCUGCUCAACUGUCUGCACAUCAUCACCUACUACAACCGUAUCAAGAAGGAGCCCAACAAGCAGUGGACCCCCAGAACUGUCAUGAUCGGUGGAAAGGCUGCUCCCGGAUACCACACGGCCAAGAUGAUCAUCCGUAUGAUCACAGCCAUCGGUGAGGUGGUCAACCACGACCCGGUGAUCGGUGACCGUCUGAAGGUCAUCUUCCUGGAGAACUACAGAGUCACGCUGGCAGAGAAAGCCAUCCCGGCGGCCGACCUGUCAGAGCAGAUCUCCACGGCCGGCACCGAGGCCUCCGGCACCGGCAACAUGAAGUUCAUGCUGAACGGCGCCCUGACCAUCGGAACCAUGGACGGAGCCAACGUGGAGAUGGCCGAGGAGGCCGGCGACGGCAACCUCUUCAUCUUUGGCAUGAGGGUGGACGACGUCGACGAGAUGGACAGGAGAGGGUAUUGUGCUGAGGAGUACUACAGGAAGAUACCGGAGCUCAAACAUGCCAUGGACCAGAUAUCUGGAGGCUUCUUCAGUCCAGGCCAGCCUGAUCUCUUCAAAGAAAUCGUCAACAUGCUGAUGCACCAUGACAGGUUUAAGGUCUUUGCUGACUACGAGGACUACAUUAAAUGCCAGGACACAGUCAAUGCUCUCUACAAGAACCCCAAGGAAUGGACCAAGAAGGUUAUCCACAACAUCGCUGGAUGUGGCAAGUUCUCCAGCGACCGUACCAUCGCUCAGUACGCCCGUGAGAUCUGGGGCAUGGAGCCCACGCUGGAGAAGCUGCCCUCCGUCGAUUAGUCGUACCAAAGUGUCCCCCUGAAGCAACGCCGCCGGUCUUCCCCCACACACUCAAAAGCCCUCACAACCAGUGUGACUCUUGAAAAGUCUCGCCAGAAGCCUCCACAAGCCUCCACAAACCUCCGUGCGUUGCAGUCGCCAUCACGUGCCGCAACCUGUUGGAACGUUUACAUUUUCUGUACUUCCAUAUUCAGGAUAAAGGUUACCGAGUGGUGAUGUCAAACUGUUGGCUAGAGAUAGUUUCAACCAGGAACUGCCGUUUAGCUGUUAUAAAGUUAAUAAAAUAUGGCUUCGUUGUGGGCUUUGUACAUUUAUUGGUGGUUUUUUUCUUUUUUUUAUUCAAGAAUAUAAACGCUUGUAUUUUGAAGUCAGACCCCAAAUAAAAUGUGUCUUAAAUAUCACAA